AAAUAGACAGUACAGGCACGUUUAGCAGACUGUUUAUACCAUUAAACGUGGUGUCUGGGGUUUUAUUAAUUGAUUAAAGCUUGUUUAUUCAAGUUAAUUUAAAAUGUUUUCAUUACCUAAAAAUUCUGAAACGUCCUGUACCAAACAAGAUGACGUACGUUAAAAACUAUCUUCACAAAACGUUUAAAAGUUACCAUCAAAAUGUGGGGAGAAAAUUUGGAACUGUUAUCACUUGUGUUACAAACAUACGACCAAAGAGAAAAUAAUGCAGGUCUGGAAAUUUUAACAAGAUGUGAUGAGCUGCUGGUCCACAGAAAAAAAGACUUCAUGCAGUGUCGGAUUGAGGACCAACUAGGCCGCAAAUUAUACUACGUAGACGAAAAUGAAAGCCUCAAGAGAAUCUGCUGCGAAUCCACAUUUCCUUACGAUACUUACAUUUUUGAUAAUUUUGACAACCAAGUUAUAUAUCUAUAUCAUCCACCGGCAUGUAAUUUCUGUUGUUGGUCCUUUUGUUCGCAAACCAUGGAAGUGUCGUCACCUCCUGGAACUCCCGUAGCAACUGUUGAAAAAGUAUGGGAAAUUUUUGGGGCAACUUUUACGAUUAAAAAUCCAAGUGGACAGAUUGUCUUAUUUAUUAAAGGUCCGCGCUGUCCUAGUGGAUACAGUUCUAGAAAUGUCGAAUUUUUAAUUUUGUUGUCUGAUGGCAUUACUCAGCUGGGAAAUGUUACGAAAUUGUGGGUUGGAGUUGAAGAAAUGGAUGAUCAUUAUAGAAUUACAUUUCCGGUGUUGUUGGACGUGAAAUUAAAAGCUGCUUUGUUGGGCGCUUGCUUUUUGAUUGACAGUUUAUACUACGAACACUCCAGGGCCGAAAGAUGAUAAAGUACUUGUUGUUUUUUUUUUGUAAAAUAAUCCAAAAAUAAAUGUUAUUGUGAA